AUGCCUCCCUCACCACAAACAGCAAAACUAACCAGCACCCUCCACCUCCUAAUCCCACGCCUCCGCCUACUCCAAAAAAAAGACACCGCCAGCUCCGUCGUCCAACGGCGCGACCUCUCCACCCUGCUAGCCGAGAACCGCUCCACGAGCGCCCGCAUCCGCGUCGAGAAUGUAAUCGCGACCGACACCGCCGUCGAAGUAAUGGAGAUGGUCGAGCUCUACUGCGAACUACUUCUCGCGCGGGCGAAUCUCCUCGAUCAAUCUGCCUUUGGGGAGAAGGGGGCGCGCGCGCGGAGUAGAGCGCGUGGGGAGGCGCAACGCCAUCUUUCUUCUUCUUCAUCAUCAUCUAAAGGUGGUGCAGAGGGGAAAAGCUCAGGGUUCUCGUUUUGGGGGUUUGGGCGGAAACAACAACAACAACAAACCACCGGUACAUCACAAGCAGCAGCAGCAGAACAAGCAAGAGCUGAAAGCGGUGGUGGGGAAGAAGCAGGCGCCGCAGUGGAAAAAGAAGGCUACAUCGACCCAGCCCUCGACGAAGCAGCGGCAGUGAUAUUCUACUCGUAUGCGCGGUUCCCGCACGAUAUUCGGGAAAUGACGAUCCUGCGGGGAUUACUUAGCGAUCGAUGGGGGAAGGAUUUCAUGAUGCUGGCGCAGGAGAAUAAGCUGGAGGAGGUGAAGGUUCCGGAACGGUUGGUGAGGGGGUUGAGGGUGAAGCCGCCUUCGGAGGAGUUGGUGGAGAGUUAUCUUGUCGAGAUUGCGAGGGCAUAUGGGGUUACUUGGCCGGAUGGGUCUGUUGCUUCGCCGGAGGGGGAUGUGCCGAGUUUUGUGGAGGAUGAGGACAGGGAUGAUGGUGAUGGUGAUGGGGAUGUGAAGUUGCCGUCUACGCCGAGGAAGAUUGGUCAGUCUGGUGAUAGUGAGAAUGACGUGCGACGGGCAUCCGAGACAAUGGAGUUGAAUAAGGCAACGCCGCCGCGGGGGCUAUAUUCCGAGGGAAAGAGUCCGGUGAGUGUGGCGCCGCCGGGGCCGAGGGUGGAUAAUUUGCAUCCCAAGGUCAAGGUGCCUGGGGAGGAGGAUGUGUCUAAAGAGGCAAGGCAGUCGAAGCCGGCGAAGAGUGAUAUACCCGAGUUGGAUGAGUUGACGAGACGGUUUGCGGCGUUGAGACGGUGA